CACAGAGACUCUGAGACUCGGACUAAAGUGUCAAGAUGAGCGCCCUGUCUCCGCUCCUGUCUGCCUUCUUUCUGGCACUGCUAUACCUGCUCCAGACUGCCAACGGAGCUUCCUAUUUCGGGGACAGCUACUGUCGAGUAGAUGCCAUUCGGGAUCUGUCAAGUUUUCAAGUGUCGCUCCAAUUUAAAACAAGCAGACGUAGUGGCCUGCUCCUGCUGGCGGCGGGACACAGAGAUUACCUCUCGCUGGAGCUCUACAAUGGCAGACUACAGGCUAGGAUUGACAUGGGAUCUGGAGAAAAGGUUCUCUCCUCCAGCAUGGGUCUCCAGCUCAGUAACCUUCUGGACCAUCAUGUGUCUCUCAUUCUGAAAGACUCCAAACUUACUAUGGCUGUGGACAACCUGUACACAACCUUCAUUCCAGUGGAGGAUGCAGAUGAGGACCUGAAUAUCGACCAGGGCGUGUUCCUUGGAGGCGUGAGGGACCUGGAAGUGGAGUACCUGAGCACAGCUGUUCCCUCCCUGCGGGGCUGCAUGAGCAACGUUAUGUUUGAGUCUAAUGACUAUGAUAUUCUGGCUUCGGAAGCUGCAGUCUGCUAUGACACCAAGGAGAGCUGCAGCAGUGAGUUUGAGGCAGGGGACGGAGACACCACAAGCUUUAUCAGUCCAGAAUCAUUUAUCUCUUUCCCUACCUGGACCAGACCUAGCACAGGCUCCCGUAGCCUGGAGAUGCUGAUGAAGACGACCAUUGAGGAUGCUCUGUUGCUCUUCCACCCAGGACAUCAGGCAGACUUCAUUGCAAUCGGAAUGGCAGGAGGCUUCCUAAAAGGUGUAAUAGAUCUGGGAAGUGGAAUGUAUAUGCUAGACAAUGUGGAAAUAAAAGUGGACGAUGAUCAGUGGCACAGAGUUAAAGUUCAGAUUGAUCCCUAUGAGUUCCAGAUAAAUGUGGACAGUCAAAUAGUUUCACUCCCUCUUAACGAGACAGAAAAGCUGGAUCUAGUGGGGAACCUGUACCUGGGAGGCAUUCAAAGGAAGAUGAAGGAUGUGUUUCAAGAUUAUUUGACUCGUGUGGAGGAGGAGGUCACAACUGAGUCCUUUAUUGGAUGUUUAGGUGAAAUCAAGGUGAAUCAGAAGCACAGAAGCCUGCAGGAUGCUCUGAUAACUAAAGACAUUUAUGUGAAAUGUGAGGGAGAAUAUGAUUACUCCACUUAUGAUGAGGAUUUGGAGUUAACAACUACACCUCCAGUAAGAAUCACAUUCAUUAAUGCCAGUACUGAUGAAAGACACUGUUUUCCUACAGAGGACUUGCCAGAGAUUUUCCACAAUAUUUCCAAGCUCCUGGACAUCACUCCUCUGCUGGUUCCGGAGGGAGGAGAGGCCUUCAUCGACAUUGGAAACCUAAACCCAACAUUUAACCUAAAAGCUGUAGGUGUUCGUGAAUCUGAGAUCAUCUUUACUCUGCUAAACAAUCCCUGGUAUGGAGUGGUUGAUAUGAACUUACGAAAAACAAGGGUACAGAAAUUUACCCUUCUGGAUGUUGUCAACAAGAAAAUCAAAUAUCUUCAUGAUGGCAAUGAAAAUUAUGGGGAUCAAAUCCAUCUGGAGGUGGCUGCACAUGGAACGAAUCUCCCAGAGUGCUUGAGUGUUGCACGCCAGUAUGUGCUACCGGUGGAAAUCAUCCCAGUCAAUGACAUUCCUCAACUAAGUGCAGGGGAUAUCUCAAUCACAGCUAAUGGUCGCACACGUCUGAGCCCAAACCUUAUCAAAAUCUCAGACUCAGACAAUCGUUGCGAUGAACUCAAGGUCACAGUUACAUCAGAGCCUUCUGCUGCUGGAUAUCUGGAGAAUGCUCAACACCCAGGAUUUGGUCUCCGAGAGUUCACUUGUAGACAACUGAAAGAAGGAAAUAUCCACUAUGUGCACAAGGGGGGAGAAGUGACAGAACUUACCCUGCAGGUCUCAGAUGGAGAUUUAGUUAGCCAGUCAAGCACAUUUAAGUUGCUUAUCACCCAACCACAGAUGACUCUAGUCACAAAUACUGGCCUUCUGGUCACCCAGGAUGACAGCACCCCAAUUGGAAUACAAAAUCUUGCCAUUUCUGCAACUCCAAACACUGGUGACAUUGUAUAUAAUGUCACUCAGCCACUUCAGUUUGGAGAACUGCAGUUGAUCUCAGACAAUGGGGUACCAAAAAGAGUCACACUAUUUCAUCAGUCUGACCUGGAGCAAAAAAGACUGAAAUAUGUUCCCAACCUCACACCCAAUCUCAAGGACACAGAAACAGAGUUUAUUCACUUCAGUGCACAGCUUGGACAGGUCAUCCUCCCAGACAACUUAUUUAUCAUUAAUAUCAUGCCCGCCCUUUUAGGAAUGGGUAAUAGCAUUCCUCUGGAAGUUGAAGGUGGGCAGCCAAAGGUCAUUAAAUCUGAACAACUUCAAGAUUUUGUGAGGGAAAGCAACAUUGAUUCAAGAUCAGUCCAGUACAUGAUUAUGAAAAGCCCAGUCCAGGGAAUCUUGAUGAUGCUUGAUAAAGAGUUAUCUGAUGGUGAUACCUUCACCCAACAAGACAUUUUGAAUGGUUUCAUUAGUUACAGUCCUCGUGUCCACAGAGCAGUUGACAUUGAGGAUCAGUUCCAGUUCAAAGUAUUCGCAGAGGAUCAGUACUCAAGAGUAUACACCUUUCCAAUCAAAAUCAAGGCUGAUUCUGAUGCUCCAGCCCUAAUCAAUGAGAGACUUGUUGUGUUGAAAGGAAAUGAAAACAUCAUAAAUAAAGAAUAUCUCUGGGUUCAAACCUCCACCUCAACAGACUUUGUGUACAGGAUAGUACAAGAUCCCAAACAUGGUCGUCUUAUCAGAGAUUCUCCACCAGGUAUGCAAAGGUUUGAUGGUGCAAUUCAAGUCUUCAGCAAUGAGGAUCUCUCCUUGAACAGGUUGGUCUACAAGCAUGAUGGAUCAGAAACAAGUCAUGACCAGUUUACCUUUCUGGCAUUUGAUUCAAGAGGUGGCAAUGGUUGGCAAGAUGAAGGUCAUGAGGUUCUGAGGGGAGUUUUUAACAUUGCAAUACAAUCCAGGAAUGACUAUGUACCUCAAAGGGUAAUCCACAAACCUUUUAAUGUUGUCAGAAAUGGCCAGCGUUUAUUGACCACUGAAGACAUUCUAUUCAAAGACGAUGACACUGACUUUAAUGACACCCAGCUGGUUUAUGUGAGAGUGGGAAUACUUUCAGGAAACAUUGUUUCUGCGGUAGACCCAACACAACUGCUCUUCCGCUUUACCCAGGCUGACCUGAGGGACAGGAAGGUUCUGUUUGUUCACCAUGGGGCAGACCGUGAGCGAUUCCAACUUCAAGUAUCUGAUGGUUUACAUAAGACAACAACUGUACUUCAGGUGCAAGCAGGUGACCCUUUUCUACGAAUAGCCAACAAUACAAUGGUGGUCAUGGACCAUGGUAGCACCAAGACACUGAACGCCAGUCUGCUAAGUGUAGAGACUAACAUGGACAUUAGAAGCGGAGCCGAGAUCAUUUAUGAUGUUACUUCUCCUCCCAGUGAUGGUAGGAUUAUAGUCAGUGGAAUUGAAUCUUCCAAAUUUACACAAGAGGACCUGACUAAGGGUGUGGUCUCCUACGAACACAAUGACCAGAGCCUUAGCUUGAAAGAUUCCUUUGCCUUCACAGUGCAAGCUAAGGGUUGGUCUACGGAGGGCACUUUCAGGAUUAAGAUAUUCAAGAAAGGUUACCGGUCACAGCCACUAGUUGUGUCGAACGUGGUGAUCCUUGCCUAUGAAGGAGAGCAUUCUGUUAUUGAUGCAAGCCACCUAGAGGUGAUGCAAAGAGACAUCCUGCCCAAAGAGAUGGUGUACUCUGUCAAAGACUUUCCACGGUUGGGUCAUGUAGUCAAACUUAACAACGACUCGGACAGUGUGGCAUCACCCGUGCUGGACUACAUUCAGUCUUUCACACAAGAGGACAUAAACCUGGGUAGAGUCUUUUAUGUCUCCACUUCCCUUCAGGGCCAGGACCACUUCAUCGUCGAUGUCAGCAAUGGCUUCACUACCGUAGAAGAUCUAGAGGUGCAGGUGGUCAUUGUUCCACGCAUCAUACCCAUCCAGGUGGUCAACCUCACAGUGAGGGAGGGUGGAUCUGUGGCACUGACCCAAGAGGUUCUGAAUAUCACACACCAUUUCUAUCGUUCCAUGAACAUCGACUUUUUUAUGGAGGAAGCACCUCAGCACGGAGAUAUUAAGUAUCUGGAUAAAGACGAUGGACUUGAUACCUUCACCUGGGAGGAUGUACAACAGGGAGAGGUGUACUACAUCCACGACAGCAGCGAGACCACAGAGGAUAGUUUCACCCUCAUGGCGUCCGCUUAUCACAUCACCCGCAGGAGUGCGUCCCUGACCAUCGGCAUCACCAUCCUCCCUGCGAAUGACGAACCGCCCCGCAUCCAGCGCAACACUGGAAUGGAGCUUCUAUCCGGCGAGGAGUCUGAAAUCACAGCCAAUAUGCUGAGCAGCGAUGAUCUUGACACCCCUCCGGAGGAGUUGGUGUAUGCUAUCGAGAUGCCCAGCAAUGGGAUCGUUGCCUUUAAAGUGUCCCCAGAUGACAGCGUGGACAGUUUCACCCAGGCUCAGAUAAAUAAUGGAGAGGUUUUAUUCAUUCAUCACGGCUCAGAAUCCGGUGGGUUCAGCUUCACCGUGACUGAUGGAGAACACACUUCACCUCUCUACCACUUCACUGUCAAGGCAAGACAGCUCACCAUCUCAAUGGAAACGGAGGGAGAACUCAUGGUCUUCCCAGGCACCAGGCAGGUGAUCGCUGGAGAUAUUUUACGGGCCAUAACAAGUGAAGACGGGGAUGAAAUCACAUAUUCACUAGUGAAACCUCCUCGCUUGGGACGAAUAACCAAACCUAAUCAGCGUGGAGAGUUUGAGAAGAUCACAAAAUUCACACAGACCGAGUUGGAUGCGGGUGCUGUGUAUUAUGAGCAUCAGAUGCCGUCUGAGCCCUUCUGGGUCCUGAAAGAUUCUGUUGAGCUGGCCCUUACAUCACCUCCAGCAACUGAGCUGCAUCACAGCCUGCCAGUCACUGUGUCAUACUACGCAGCCAAUCGAAAUGAGUCGUCUCAGCUCUGGAAAAACAAAGGUGUGUCCGUGGUGCAGGGUCAGUCUAAAGUGAUAGACAGCUCUGUUUUGGAUGCUACGAACCUGCUGGUCAGUUUGCCUGAACAGAAGCGGGCAGGGCAGGACAUUGUCUAUGAAGUGCGUCGGUUCCCCAUUCAUGGACGACUCACUCUCGGGGGGUCUGUCCUGUCUCGCGAUGCUCCCCAUUUUCUGCAGGAUGAUGUGGCACGUGGUGAUCUGGAGUACAAUCACGGUGACUCUGGGUCAUCUUCUGAUAGCUUCUCUUUCCGGGUCCAUCUGAACCCCAGUGGCCGCACUCCGCAGGUUCAGCCCGGUGCCAUGGUUCUGGAGGAGAUCUUCCUGAUCUCCGUCAGACGGCGAGACUCAAACCCGCCAGAACUUGUAAGCUUGGACCUGCUCCUGGAAGCACUGCAGGGCUCCACGACCAUCAUCUCCAAAAACUACCUCAACACGAUUGACCAGGACAGCACACCAGAUGAGGUCCGAUUUACCAUCUCCAAGAGUCCAGCUAACGGAUAUAUCAUCUACACUGAUUCCGGAGACCGGACAGUCCAAUUCAGCCAGGAAGACAUCAACACUGGGCGGGUUGCUUUUGUUAGUGAUGGAAGCCUGUCUGAUGGUUUCAUGCAAUUUACAGUGUCUGAUGGGAAACACCAAACAGACUCGUACACACUGCUUAUCGAUAUCCUGGCCAAGUCUCUGAUACUGAAUAAAGCUCCAGAGAUCCAUGUAAGGCAGGGAGAUGACGAGACUCUAAUCACGGAGGACAUGCUGAGCACUUCCACUGGGGGUCUGGUCGAGGAGGAUGUACUCUAUAAUAUCACCAAUGUCCUGAAAUAUGCAUCCGUAAUGGUGGACAGACAGCCCACAUCGACUUUCACACAGAAGCAGAUUAAACAGGGAAGAGUGAGUGUCCGUUUCCUUAAGUCUACAUCACCGAGAGAUAGCGUUGCAUUCGUGGCACAAAGCAGGGCGGCAAAUGUGUCCUCUGUCCUCAACAUUACCGUUAAACCACUGGCAAAGGUGGCCCAGAACCCCCUGCUCCCCAGAGGUGCUACUGUACUCGUAGACAGAAGGUUGUUGGAUGCUACACCUCUAGCCAACAAGACCAGAUCAUCUCCAACCUUCAGCAUGAUCCAACAACCUCAAGGAGCUCGGUUCAUCAAGUUGGGUGGGCCAGAUGAUGGCCAGCCAGUGAGUUCCUUCACCCAGCAAGACCUGGAUCAAGGUCGGGUAGCUCUGGAGAUCUUAAACACAACUGGGGGUCAAGGUAAAGAUGAAGCACGCUUCCUCCUAAAAGCACGCGGCGUUCCUCCUGCAGAGUGCGUCUUGCCCUUUCAUGUGGUCCCCUACGACCCUUCCAAAGUUUAUGGUGCUACAAUGCUCAAAGUGCCACCGGUGUCCCCUUCUGACAAGAGUGAUUCAAGUCAACCUGAGCCAAGGUGGAGAGAUGGUAACGUGGCUUCUGGCAGCACUACAGCGACUCCUGUGGUAUCUAGACGAAAUACACUGUGGGCUAUCCUUAUUCCCAUCCUCCUACUCAUGCUCCUGGCUGCACUGAUGGCUUACUACUUGUUCCGACGCAAUAAAACCGGGAAGCACAACGUCCAGACAGUGGCGGCAAAGCCGAAGAAUGGAGAAGUCGGUGAGGAGACUUUCAGGAAAACCGAUCCCGCAAACAACAUCCCCAUGUCAAACAUGGACUCCAAAGGGGCGGAUCCUGAAUUAAUACAGCACUGUCGGACAACAAACCCAGCACUGAAAAAGAACCAGUACUGGGUUUGAGACGGUGAGGCGACUGGACACUUGUGUUUUCAAGGUCUUGAAUUAUUCCAAUCAGUGUUAUACAGUUUUCUUGCCAUUAUUGAUGCUUAUGAAGUCCAGCACAUAUCCGAGUUUAGGGUUUCUUAAAUGGCACUGUAAAAUCUGUGUGCGUGAUGAUGUUCUAAUAGUCAAAUUUCUCAAAUGAGGCGGAAUUAAUCAACUUUUAAGGUACUUUUGGACAAGAACAUAACAUGUUAUGUUUGAACAAUCCUUUGUAUGUAUGUUUAGGCUGUAAAUGGUUUAAGAUCUUAUUUUUCAGUGUUAUUUACAUUUAAGUUUUGUGUUUUGGUUGCUUUUAAACACAGAUCAAUAUAUGUGCCUUUUUCCAAGCUUCCUGUUUUCUUCUGUGCCACAUUGUGUGCUUUAAAAUUGCGCUCAUGAUUUCAAUACAAGUUAAGCUCUGUCAACAGCAUCUGUUAUAUGAUGUCUAUACCUGAGAAAAUAACAGAAUGGCAUGCACUUACAGUGGAAGUAUAUGGAGCAAGUCAUUGUGCCUUUACAAUACUUUCUAAGUUACCUUGAGACUACUGUCUCUAAAUGGUUUACUAACCUUUAAAAGCUAAAAGUUAUUUAACUUUCAACCAGUUAUGACCAUGUAAGACCAGUGAACUCCACUUAAAGGUAUUAUGCUGGUAAAUCCAUCCACCUAGAAAAGUAGUACCAUUGCGAAAGCUAUUAUUUAGAUCAGUUUUUCCCAAACCUAUACCUGGAGGCACACAGUUGGUACACAUUUUAUAUGUCUUGGAUCUAUUUCAUGUUGUGGAGUUUCUACUAUCAAUAUCAUGAGCUGAUCAUGAAAGAAUCAGGUGUGUUUGAGUAGGAAGAGUUUGAAAAUGUGGUUGGUGGACACUGAUUUAGACAACGUUACAGUUCAAAUAACAUUCAUUUUAGUUAAUAUAGGUGCUUUUUAACAAACAUACAACAUACAACCAGCACCUUUCAAAUUUGAAACCCUUUGCAAUACAUUACCACACAGACUUUCACUGCAAGUGCUUAUUAAGAACGUAUUUUCUGUGGUAUUUGACAGCAUAAAUGUCAUAGAGGUAUUAAGCUGAAAGUAUGCUUUGGAUUUCUGCUUUCAGUGUGCAUGAUUGCACAAUUUUUGUGUAAUAAUUGGUGAGUCGACUAAGUGUCAAGUCUCAUAGAUGAGCUGUUGUAAAAACUGGGCAAAAAAAUGUGGAAAACGCAGGGGAAAAAAUUACAGAUACUGCAAGUGGAAACAUUGCAAUAGCUUUGAGAGGAAACAGAAGGUACCUGUGUUUGCAUAACUUGUUUAGAAGAGUAUAGCAAUAUCUUCAAGCAUUUUAGCUACUUAUUUUUUGUACAGAGCUCCAUAGCAGGGAAACCAGAGUCACAACUCUCUGCUGUGCUCUACAGGUCAAUAGAAGUAUUACAAAGCAAAAGCAUUAUGGUCAAUGUAGUACAAUACUACAUUUGAAUGUGUGCGAGAUGUAACAGCAGUUGGAAAAGUAAUGCCAUGCCACAUACACUUCUCAGUUUUGACACAUAAACAGUGCUGAGAUUUGAUGGUUCGAGAGUGUAAAUGAGAAUUCAUGUUUACUAAUCAUCGUAUCAGUUGUGUGAAAGUAAAAACAAAAAACAGCAUUACUGGAUGCUUCGAGUUAUUUUUCUAUAAAUCUAUCUUUUCUACUCUGUGUGUUGUAAUUGUUUUGUCCGUAAAAGCUUUCCUCCACAGCACUGAUUACAGUCAGGCACUGAAGAACUGUAAAGUUUUCUCCUCUAGAGCUAGAACGGACAGGAAGUGAGUCAGCAGUGGCUAAAUUCACGCUGUGUCCUGAUUGGCUGCAGGGAAGAUAUGAGGUCAUUAUUCCUCAGGCCUCAGCAUCUAUUCUCCAGAGCUGUUUCUGAGCUCAGUUCGCAGCUUUUGUUUUAGAUUAAAAAAUACAGACACAUAUGUAAGUUUGGCUGGGUGAAAGUAUGACUGAGGAUAUGCAUUUUUACAAAACGAUGUCAAGGGUUUACAGAAAUCUCUGCCAUUUGAGAAAUAUAUAUCUGCAGUGUUUGAAAUAAAUAAACUGAAAUCAUUAGAAUAGCUCACCAAAAAUGAAAUUCUGUCAUAAAUUUACCCCACCUGACAUUGUCAUUAAAAACCAUCCAUAGUUUGUUUCACUGAAAUUGAAUUUAUAUAUUUCAUGAUACUUUUUGGGAUUGUUAGACACUGUUGAAUGGAAACAGUGGCCUGAAUAUUUUUCUAAAUAUCUUGUGUUCUACAGACGAUAUAAAGUCAUAUGGGUCUGAGCAAGUGAGUGAAUAGAGUUUUCUUUUUCUUAAAAAAAUAAAUGUUUUACAGAAUGACUUCCCAUUUGUCACUGGUUUUCUGAAUUGCAGUUAAUCAUCUGAACUGUCACUGGCUGGACAGUUUAAUUAGAUGUUUUAAUCAAUUGUUUGGCCUUUCUUAUCUAACUAUAGUGAUGUUCCUUGUAAUCAUAGACCAAUUCUUCCUCAUCAUUGCAGAGUUUAAUUAUAUAGAGACAAGAUCCGUUCCCAAGGUACUGCAUAUGGAAUUUAUAUCACUGUUGAUCUGAUUUUCCCUUUCUAUGUUAAGCUAUUAUUAACUGCAUACUCUGGGGCUAUGAUAUCCCAUCUGAGACCUCUAAAGACGUUUUUAUCUGUGUUUCUGCAGAGCAGAACUGAGAUCUCAUGAAAUCUCAGGACAUCAUUGGUGUUUGUUCUCUGGGUAUUUAUGGGAAUAUGUCGACCUUAAACCCAAAACCAUGUACAACCCUCUUUUUUGUGUUUUUGAAUCCUGUUUGCUUGUAAAUACAUUAUGUCAGAUCACAUAACCUGUCAUAAGAAUCAAAAUGCACUUUCUUCCAGCUUUUCAGUGAUUUCAUUUGUGGGUGAGAGUUUUCAUUUCCAGUGUUUAUUUAUUUCUAGCAUCUACAUUCAGUUUAGUUUCUGCUCUCAUAAUAGUUUGUGAAAAUGUGAUUCAUUAGCUAUGUCCCUACAGAAAAAUAAUAAAAUUUAAAAU